AUGAUUUUGGCUAGACUUCCUGCACCCUUACGGGUUCUACUCAUCACAGCUCUCUGUGCCUCCACAACAUCCGCCCUGCCAGCUACUCGCAUCUUCGCCAGGGAAGAUACUUGCGAUGCCGACCAGACUUCAUGCAACAGCGACAUUGCCAACUUCUGCUGUCCCAAGGGCAACUCAUGUCGACUCCUCGCUGGCAAGACAACAGCAGUAUGCUGUCCUGAAGGUCAAACCUGCAACGUCAUCCAACCCAUCACCUGUGAUAUCCGAGGUCAGGACCAGAAGGAAUUCCCAAAUGCACCCGUCAAGACAAUAGUCUUCAACCUGGACCUCCAGAAAUGCGGCAAGAAGUGCUGUCCCUUUGGAUACUCAUGCAAGGACGACCAGUGUGUUAUCGACAGCGACCAGUCUGAUAUCCCAAAAGGUGCUGAGCUUCCCAAUGAAACCUCUACUCCUGUUCCCAGUGCUAUAACCACAGCCACUGGGGCCAUCGAGACCAUCUCGAUCAGUGCUGCACCAUCGGCGAGUGCUGAGCCAACAGAAGCAGUCGGAGCUGGGUCAGGCAACAGUUCAGACUCCGACAAAGACGGCGACGAAAAGUCCAAACCCGACAACUCUGGCCCUGCUACAACGUCCAUUGUUGGCGGUGUCGUAGGAGGCUGCAUUAUCCUUCUCAUAAUCGCCAUUGUCAUAUUCCUCUACGUUCGCCGACAAAACAAGCGCGAGGGAGCAAGCUCAGAAAAGGGCGGCCACGUCUAUGGCCGCGGUCGACGUCUCAACAGCGACGUCUCCUUUGGAAAUAUCAUCUCCGAGCCCAUCAGCCAACCCAACUCAUACCGUGCCGACUUCAUCCUCAAGACGCCUUCUACUCAGAGGACAAGCAUAGUACCUGUACCUGCUCGUCAGGCUUCCAAUGCCAGCACUCGCUUGCAUCCUCCCCCUCCUCGCAUCCGCAUCUCAAUCCCCAACCCUUUUGACUCCCCUAAUCCAUCUCCCAACGCUCAGCCCAGCUCUGCGGAUAACGAGGAGUCUCUCCGCCAUGGAAACGUUCGUCUGCCACCCAUCCGUGCUAUGAAGGCGUCGUCGUACUACAGCCGUCAGCCUUCUGAGCCCGAGCUCCAGCGUGAGCCGAGCACUGAGAACAUCGACAUCUUUGCAGACCCAAGCACCAUGGUCAAGCCUCGUCCGUUAACACGAGCAACGACUUUUACAGAUCUUAUGGACGAGGCCGAUCUCGGCGCUGUGCGCAGAGGGAAGCCUUAUGUCCCUGGAACAACACCCAGGAUCUGA